UGAACAUGCAAAGGGGGAGGCGCACGCAUGCGCGCUGAGAAGAUGGCAUCUGCCACCGGGACCUGCUGCCGCUGUUGCUGGGGCGCCGUUGCGCUGGGACUGCUCGUGCUGCUGCUGCUGCUGGGGGCGGCCCGGGCGGCGCUGGCCCUGACCGAGCAGUACCCGGCCCUGUCGUUGCUCAAGCAGGAGCUGCACCGGCAGCCGCGGCAGGGCCAGGCUGGGGGCUGUCCCCAGGCGCCGGACUGGGGGGAACAAUACUCGGCCGAGUGCGAUUCACCACUUUUGCACUUCCAUGAAUCAGACUGUGAACUAAGAGGGUCUUCAUCCUGUGAAUCUCUGCUUUCUCUCAAUACUGAAAAAAUUCUGAGCCAAGCAAAGUCACUUGCGGAACAAAAGCGAUUCCCAUUUGCCACUGAUAAUGACAACACAAAUGAAGAUUUGGCAAUUGCCUACGUGUUGAUUGGCAGCGGCCUAUAUGAUGAAGCAAUAAGACAUUUUUCAACAAUGCUACAGGAAGAUCCAGAGCUGGUUAGUGCUAUUUAUGGACGAGGGAUAGCAUAUGGGAAAAAAGGACUACAUGACAUAAACAAUGCUGAGCUUGCCCUGUAUGAGCUGAGCAGAGUAAUUAGUCUGGAACCAGAUCGCCCUGAAGUAUUUGAACAGCGAGCAGAGAUAUUGUCUCCCCUGGGCCGAAUUAGUGAGGCAUUGGCUGAUCUCACCAAAGCUAUUCAGCUGCAGCCAUCGGCACGACUUUACAGGCACAGAGGUACUCUUUACUUCAUAUCUGAGGACUAUGCAACAGCUCAUGAAGACUUUCAGCGCUCCUUGGAACUGAACAAAAACCAGCCUAUAGCUAUGCUAUACAAAGGCUUAACCUUUUUCCAUAGAGGACUUCUGAAGGAAGCUAUUGAAUCAUUCAAAGAAGCCCUGAAGCAGAAAGCUGAUUUCAUAGAUGCAUAUAAGAGUCUGGGACAGGCCUAUAGGGAACUUGGUAACUUUGAUGCUGCCACAGAGAGCUUCCAGAAGGCUCUGUUGCUAAAUCAAAAUCACGUUCAGACAUUACAGCUCAGAGGAAUGAUGCUUUACCAUCAUGGUAGCCUAGAUGAGGCACUGAAGAAUUUUAAGAGAUGUCUUCAGCUAGAGCCAUAUAAUGAAGUAUGCCAGUAUAUGAAAGGUCUCAGUCAUGUUGCAAUGGGGCAGUUUUAUGAGGGCAUAAAAGCUCAGACCAAGGUUAUGUUAAAUGAUCCACUACCAGGCCAGAAGGCUAGCCCAGAGUACCUAAAAGUGAAAUACCUCCGAGAAUAUUCUCGAUAUUUGCAUGCCCAUCUUGAUACCCCUCUUACGGAAUAUAAUGUAGAUACAGAUCUUCCUGGAAACUUUAAGGACCAUUGGGCCAAAAACCUUCCCUUUUUAAUAGAAGACUAUGAAGAACAGCCAGGAUUGCAGCCACAUAUAAAGGAUGUGCUAUUUCAGAAUUUUGAAAGCUAUAAACCUGAAGUGCAAGAACUUGUAUGUGUGGCUGAUCGUCUGGGUUCACUGAUGCAAUAUGAGACACCAGGAUUCCUUCCAAAUAAGAGAAUACACAGAGCAAUGGGGCUGGCUGCUUUGGAAGUAAUGCAAGCUGUGCAGCGGACGUGGGCAAACUCAAAAGUUCGAAUGAAUGGGAAAACCAGAUUGAUGCAGUGGAGAGAUAUGUUUGACAUUGCUGUGAAAUGGCGAAGGAUAGCUGAUCCAGACCAGCCCGUGCUUUGGUUAGACCAAAUGCCAGCUCGAAGUCUUAGUAGAGGCUUUAAUAACCACAUCAAUCUAAUCAGGGGACAAGUCAUUAACAUGAGGUACCUGGAAUAUUUUGAAAAAAUACUUCAUUUUAUCAAAGACAGGAUCCUUGUUUAUCAUGGUGCUAAUAAUCCUAAAGGUCUGCUAGAAGUUAGAGAAGCACUGGAAAAUGUACAUAAAGUAGAAGACCUUCUUCCCAUAAUGAAGCAGUUUAACAGUAAAACAAGAGAUGGGUUUACUGUAAACACAAAAGUCCCUAGCCUCAAAGAUCAAGGGAAAGAAUAUGAUGGAUUCACAAUUACAAUAACGGGAGACAAAGUUGGGAACAUAUUAUUUUCAGUGGAAACUCAGACAACGGAAGAAAGAACACAACUGUAUCAUGCAGAAAUAGAUGCCCUAUAUAAGGAUCUAACAGCCAAAGGAAAAGUACUAAUUCUAUCUGCAGAACUUGGGGAGGCAGAUGCUGUGUGCAAUCUAAUCCUGUCUUUAGUUUAUUACUUCUAUAACUUAAUGCCACUCUCAAGAGGAUCCAGUGUGAUAGCUUAUUCGGUGAUCAUGGGAGCACUGAUGGCAAGUGGGAAGGAAGUAGCAGGAAAAAUACCAAAAGGAAAGUUGGUUGAUUUUGAAGCCAUGACAGCACCUGGUUCUGAGGCUUUUAGCAAAAUAGCCAGAAGUUGGAUGAAUCUCCAAAGGGACGUAAGAUCGAAACAACGUUAAGUGAGAGGGAGUUACUGUACAAGGUGUUGAAGCACACAGGAAUAAGGAUUUGGGUUUGGUAGCACCAGGGGGAAAAGUGAGUCACUAUUGAUCCAUCCUACUUUGGCUAAUUCACAUGGCGCUGGAGGGAUCCGCAUCUAGCUCAUUUCCUGGAGGGUCUCAGCAAUACCAGGCCUCUGAGAGCAUUUAUGGAGGAGAAAUUAAAAGGGGUUAAAAAUGUGAAUGUUUUUAGUGCAGAAUGAAAUCUAGUAUUUUAAAACUACCCUUUUGUUACAUAAAUAAAUAUAUUCUAGUGUGUGUGUAUCCAGAUGUAUUUACAAUGGAGUACACACGUUCAUUCCUUGUAAACGGGUGCUCACUUCACAAACUUGACACUAAUUGUCUUCUUUGUGGUCAUUCUCAGUACAAAAGCAAAAUUUUGAAUGGGAUGGAGACUGAAAUAGGUUCCUGAACAUUCCUAAAGGUGAUCCCUCUAAGUCAGGAUUUAGGCACUUUGUGGGGUAACUUAAGGAGAUCCUGCACUGCUGCUCUGUGCUGUACCUCUUCUGUUGAUAGUUUAACUUAAUUAUCUGUGGUUGUCGGUCUGCUAACUUUCACUAGAACUAUAUUCUAUUUAAAUGAAGGAAAGCAUAAACAUUCAGGUACAUUAAUUUGAAUCUGAUACCAACUGCACUUUCAGAUAAUAAAUUUACUUGUAAGUCAAACAAAUUAAAUUUCCUUAUAUGAAGGAAAGGAACCCAUUAAAUAUACUCCACUGAUGCAACAUUAAGCAGACCAUUUUUUAAUUGAAUCCACACAAACUUUGACUUUAUUGUCUUAAUACUCGUGAUGUGCAAACUGUAAAUGUUCAUUUUGCAAUUUUUACUCUCACAGUUUUCAUUAAUGUAUUAUUAAAGUAUUAAAACAAGUGUUGACACCACCUUCACUAUGAAGAGUACUGAAAUGAUGUAUCUGAAUGAAAUCAACUUCUCCCAAUUUGUGGUUAGCAGUUUGGAGUGGUUAUUUUAAAAAAUGAAUAAUGGUUGUUAGAGAAGUAAAUCUUACUUCAUCCUAAUUAUUGCCAUCCCAGAAGGCUCCUUUAUAUAGUGAUUGUCUCAUUCUCUAUGCUGAGGCUACUUGCUGGGGUGUGAGUCAUGGUGAGCAAAAGAUUUGAGCAACAAACUCCUGACCAAGAUUGGGCUCUAAAUCAGGACAGACUGAAACUUUGUCCUUGAAGUAAAUUUUAAAAUUCUAUCGCAGUUUGUUA